UGUAUGUUAUUUAGAGAUUAUUUUUUGUUAUCAUAAUGAUAAGAUACCAUUGUUACUUUAUAUACAAUGUCACAAGUUAAUGUCUUUAUAUUUAGAUAUUUUACUUGGGCACACAGUACUGUACUAAAAAUUAAUUAAUUCUUACGUAAUUAGUGAAAAAAAUGUCUUGUAAAGUAUGGAGCAGACUAAAGGUAACGAGAAAGGAUGGGAGUGAGGUUAAAUUGCGUUUUCAAGAUAUGCCAUGGGAACAAAAUAAAAAUGAUAUAUUGGAUUUUUGUGCGAAAUACUUUAUCAAAGAUGAGGCUUUUCAUAAAGCGGCAGGUAUAUAUAAAAACGAUGAAGCUGUAGCGGAAUACAAGACUAUUAUCUCUAACUAUUACGAUAUUAGCCCAAUUCACAUAACUGUCUGUUGCUUAGAUGACGACUCUAAAACUAUCGACAUUCUCGGUUUAUCCAUGAUAUGUGAGUUCAAAGAUCAGUCAGGAAAAGAGGAUGCUUUUAAAACGUUGGAGAAAAAAACAAAGGAGAUGCAGAAUUUUUUCCAUAUUAUAGAACUAAAUUCAGAUAUAAAGAUUAAAGAUUACCAAUCAUACUUCGAAGGCAGAGGGAUUAUAGUACGGCCGGAUCAAAGGGGAUUGGGCAUGGCCAGUGAAUUUGUAAGACUAAGAAAAGAAAUUUGUAUAGACCGGAACAUAGACAUGACAUGUGCUUGGAUGACGUCAAUAGGAACUCAAAAAGCAGCUGAAAAACAUAAAUGGAAGACAUUUUACGAAUUACCAGUGGAAGAAUUAGAAAAGGCAUCAGGCCUUGUAUUUGAUGUCAAUGUAUCCAUAUUUAAAUUAAUGUACACUACAAGGAACUAGAUUGAUUUACUUGAAAUGAAGAUAUCAUAAUCAAUUAAUUAUAUAAGUAUAUUUUAAUUGCCAAGACAUUUCAAGUAACUUACUAUCUAGGCAAUUAACAUCAUCAUUAAAAAAAAAUAUGCCUGUAGUUUAUUCUUUACGUAUAAUAUAUAGUAGAUUUUG